UCAGUCGAGUAUUGACGUCCAUAAACUGAUUAAUCUGAACCUGAAAGAUCAUGAAGAUACAUUUGUACCACCUCCACCAUUAGCAAGUGGUGAGGGUGAGAGUAGUAGCGCACAAGAGAUAAUCAACUUGGACGAGUCAAACUUUGAAAGUGAACUGAAAAAGUAUAAAUUUACUUUAGUGAUGUUCCAUGCUCCAUGGUGUAAAUUUUGCAAAGUCAUGAAAACAAUUUUUUAUCAACUAUCUCAGGAAAUUCCAAGUGAUGUAGCCAGGCUGGCUAUGCUCGAUGGAGAUGAAUUUCCUGAUGUUGUUUUAGACCAUGACGUUCAGGUAUUUCCUACUCUCAAACUAUACCGUCGAGGUGUAUUCGUGGAAACCUAUGAUGGUUCAGGUGAAUACUCCAGUCUACUAGAAUUCAUUCGAUUAAACACCGCGAAUAAAGUGAAAUGAUCGAAAACACCUACCGUAGUAGGUACCUAGCGUAAAAAUAUUAGGCCCAAAACAGCACUUUCAAAAUUCAAUUGUAAACUUCAUAGGACUUUGAACCUUUUCUCUGUUGUAACUGGUAGUGAUAAUCCAUUUCAUGUAGUCGAAUAUAUAAAAGCAAUGUACGGCCUAAGAAGAAUGGCCAAAUAAUAAUAAUAUCAAGGCUUGAAAUUAAAACUCUGUCUAAAUUUCUUUAAUGUUAUUGAGUCCAUUGUUUUAUAAUUUUAUACCCGUUGCAAUUGAAGGAUGAUCAAUGUCCUAUUUUAAGAACAUUCCCACCAGUUAUUAUUAUUUGCUGCUCUAACACCUAAAACAAUGAAAUUGAGUGUCUAUUAAUUUGAUUACUAUACUGUAAGUUGAGACUGAAUUUUGCAUCCGAGUAUUAUCAUAAUAUUAUAUUUGUGUAAUAUUAUGAGACUAUACUAACAAACCAUUUUCUCAUCAGUGAAAUUUGAAUUGAGUUUUUUCAUACUUGUAGACGAAUAAUAUUUAAUAAAAUUAGCACAAUGCAAGUAAUCGUA